AUGAUGUCACGAACAAGGAAGGGUUUUAGAGUUGUUACGGACAUGAGGGAAAUGGAUGGAUGGCACCCGGGGUUGCUGAGCCAGAGGGAAAUGGCUUUUAAAAAUGCUUUUGAUGAGGUUCUUGGAAGGUUCACGUCAAAUGUUAUAAGGACGCCAUACGUUAGGAAGGCUCCAGCUGUUGUAAAACCUCCGGUUGUUGUAUCGACCCCAGAUGAUUUGACGAUUUCGGAUGAUACAACGGCUACAGGUGUUAUAUCGACUCCGGAUGAUUUGACGACUUCGGACGAUACAACAGCUCCAGAUGUUAUAUCAACUCCGGAUGAUUCAACAGUCACAGUUGAUGUACCAACUCCGGAAAUUAUAGAGACUCCGGAUGAUUUGACGACUUCGGAUGAUUUGACGACUUCGGAUGAUACAACGGUUCCACUUUCUGAAGCGAUCCCGCAUCCCGGAUAUUCAGAGCGUUUAAUGUCGGAUUACGAAACUGUGUCACAUCCUGCAACAAAUCAAGACGUUGAAAGAACAUUAGACUUUUUGAGAGCUUCAGUUGCUAAAAGUGCCAAAUCCGUGAAGCAACCUCCCCGCCAGAUCGAACCCCAAGGGGAAAGCCAAGGUUUCCGCCAGUUUUUCGCAAACCUCUUCUGCUGUGGUUCCGGCAACACUUAUGAGCACGGCAGACCAGUAAGGUUUGGUCUUGAAGGAGAAUCAGCUACUCGUUUUGAUCGUGAGCCGUCUGGUCCUGUUGAUGAUGCGGAAGUGUUUGAUGGCAGUGAGGAAUAUGACUUCGAUCUCGACGAAUCACAAUUUUUCGAAGACGCUGGACGGACUGAUGCCAGGGAAAAAAUUGCUGUCGAUGCUGACACUGGAGCCGUUGCUGGUACUGAGGGUGAAACGGUUGGUGAUGUUGCCGACGAGAAGGGUGACGUCGAUGCCGAGGGCGAGACCUUCGAUGACGUUGAUGGUGUAGAAGUGUUGGAUGCCGACGAGAAGGGUGGCGUCGAUGCCGAGGGUGAAGCGGUUGAUGGUGUUGAGGGUGAAACAGUUGGAGACGUUGAGGGCGAAGCCAUUGGAGAUGUUGACAACGAGGAAGUUAUUGACGCUGAGAAGUGUGCCUCCAACCUCCACGGAGCGUUACCUUCUGACGUGAAUGAAAAUGAAGUGUCGGCUGUCGGCGAGGAGACUGCCCAGGUUGACAGCGAGACGGUUGGAGAUGUCACGGAAGGUGCUGAUGCUGAGAAGGAUUAUACCUUCGACCUCAGCGAAGCGAUACCUUCUGAUGUUGAUGGCGCAGGUGUGUCUGAUGCCGACAGUGGAGCGGUUGGUGGUGUUGACGGCUCGGAGGUCAUCCAUGCUGACAAGAACUAUGUUUUCGAUCUCGGGGAAGCACUACCUUCUGAUGUUGAUGGCACACGAGUGUCUGAUGCACCCGAGGAGAGUGUAAAGGAAGAUUUUAGAGCUGGCGGUGGUAUCGAAGGCAAAGGCCAGAAGCCUGGUGGUUUCCGCCAGUUUUUCGCAAACCUAUUCUGCUGUGGUUCCAGCAAAACUCACCAGCAUGACGAGGAAAGGGUCAUUGCCUCUGUCAACAGACCAGUGGAGAGUGGUAUGUAUGAAGUUGAGGGUGAAGAGAAUGAAGUUGAGCGCGUUGUAAACGAAGUCGAGGGUGAGAAGAAUGAGGCUGAAGAAGGUGAAGAGACCGAGGCUGAAGGUGAAGAGACCGAAGCUGACGAAGGUGAAGAGACCGAGGCUGAAGGUGAAGAGACCGAAGCUGAAGAAGGUGAAGAGACCGAGGCUGAUGAAGGCGAAGAAACCGAGGCCGAGGCCGAUGGUGUUGUAAAUGAAGCAGUUAAGAGUGAUGAAGAGUAA